AUGGAGAGUGAGUUAAACAUUACAUAUAUAACUCUCGAUGGGCAUGUGGAAGUUAACAACUAUAGAUAUGUCUAUUUUUUGAUCAUGUUUACAAUAUACAUUCUAAUAAUCUGCUUUAACUUCACCAUUGUGUGUCUCAUUUGGAUUCACAAAAACCUACAUGAACCUAUGUACAUUUUCAUUGCAGCUUUGCUUUUAAACUCUAUUGUUUUCAGUACUAAUAUCUACCCAAAGCUGUUGAUUGACUUUUUAUCUGAAAAGCAGGUCAUAUCAUAUUCAGCUUGUCUUGUUCAAUUUUAUAUAUAUUACUUUUUAGGAGGUUCUGAAUUCUUUAUUUUGUCAGCCCUGGCCUAUGACAGGUAUGUGUCUAUAUGUAAACCUCUGCAUUAUCCAACUAUCAUGAAGAAAACCAGUGUGAUUAUUUUCCUGGUUCUUGCUUGGCUUCUGCCUGCUUGUCAGAUUGCAGUGCCAACAAUACUGAGUGCUGAAACCAAACUGUGCAGCUUUACUUUUAAAGGAAUAUUUUGUAACAAUGCCAUUUAUAGCCUUCAUUGUGUAGGAUCAAGAGUAAUUACUAUAUAUGGUGUGGUUGUUUUAUUAGAUCUGGUUGUACUACCUCUGUUCUUCAUAGUUUUCACAUACACAAAGAUAUUUAUUAUAGUCUAUCGAAGUUCUAGAGCAGUCAGGAAAAAAGCGGCAGAGACUUGUUUGCCCCACCUGUUGGUUUUAGUCAGUUUCUCCUGUUUGAGUAUCUAUGAUAUCAUUAUAGCUCGAAUGGAAUCCAAUUUUUCAAAAACUGUGCAUUUAGUAAUGACAUUACAAGUAGUUUUGUACAAUCCCUUGUUUAACCCGCUUAUAUACGGACUCAAAAUGAAAGAAAUUUCUAAACACCUAAAUAUGUUGUUGCCAUUCAGAAAGUUCUAA